GAAGCCAUGGAGGGCAAGCAGCUGUCAACUUUUGUCAUUGCUCUAGUGAGCUUGAUCGUUACGACCAUCGUCGUCGUGGUGAGAUGUGGUGUUCGUAGGUCCAUCAGAGGCUUCGGUCUUGAUGAUUACUCCAUGGCAAUUGGUCAGGUCUUGUUCUUCGGCACCUGUGUGUCCGUCAUGUGGGGUUGCGAACAAGGAAUCGGUGUGAGAGACGCGAACCUCACACCAGAGCAAAAUGUCAACGCUAGACAUUCGGUCGUCAUCUUCCAAUGCUUCUACCUCAUCUCUCUCAUCUUCGUCAAAAGCAGCAUUUGCUUUGCCUUGCUCCGCAUCACAACCAGCAGGGUCAUCCGCCAAUUCCUUUACUUCAUCAUUUUCCUCUCCUUCUGCUGUGGCUUUGUCACUGCCGUUGCCUGUCUGGCUAUCUGCGUCCCCGUCUCGGCUUCCUGGACUGGUAUCGGCAAGUGUGCCCCACCCAGCGUACUCAAGUGCGUUGCCGUUUACACCACUGUAUCAUCAUGCAUCACGGACUUCUCCUGCUCCAUCCUUCCCUUUGUCAUUCUCUGGAACCUUCAAAUGGACAAGAAGCUCAAAUUCACCCUGGCCGCUAUCCUGAGUCUUGGUUUCCUUGCAAGUGCAGCUACCGUUGUUCGCGCCUUCUACUUCAACCGCUUCCUUGCACCCGUCGAUUACGUCUGGGGCUUCUCGGACCUGAUGGUCUGGUCCAUCAUCGAAGACCUCAUCGCCAUCACUAUCGGCAGUGUUCCCAGCUUAAAGCCCCUCUUCGUCCGCUUCAAGUGGAUGGCAUCCAUGUCUUCCCACCGUCGCACCGGAAAGAAGACUGGCGACUACCAGAACUGCGAAUCCUACAACAUGCACUCUCAGAGCAGAAGCAAGAACCAGACCAGAGUCAUCACCACCGUUGCUGAGGAAAGCGACAGCAUGAAGGACUUGGUCAGAGAGGAGGGCAUUGUCAUCAGUCAGGAAUUCAGACACGAGGAGGAGUAUGAGUACCAUGACAGAAAGCCCAUUACGUCGGUUUAGAAAGUCAUAUGUUUCGAUGGCACUUUUUUGGAUGUAGGAAUUAC